AUGAAGGAUAAUAUCCAAGAAUAUUAUAACUCACUAUCUAAGAAUGACAUUCCAAUAUCAAGGACGGAAAUCACAAAACACUGUACAGAUAAACAUUUAUCUAAAUCUCAUUUCUUCAAAACGAAAUCACCAGUCUUAAACAAUAUCGUGUCAAAUUGUUGUCAAUCAGAUAAUAAAUUAAUGGUCGGUGAUAGUUCAGACAUAGAAGUUUUUGAAGAACGUGUCAAGCUUUCAUCGAUCCCAUUUUGGGUCCGGAAGAAAAAUGUUUAUUACAGUGGGAAUGAAGUUAUAAGGUCGACCGAUAAGAGAGACGCAAGCCCUGAUGCCACCAUGAGCGGGAGACGUGGACCCUUCAGGAGUUUUGCUAUCAGCUUGAUACAGAUCAUAACGAUUAUAUGUCAAGUAUUAACAGAGGAGCCGAGGUUCGCAGAGCCGAUACCAAAUGUGACGGUGGCGCUCGGGCGGGACGCGAGCCUGCCCUGCGUCGUCGAGCACCUCGGCACGUACAAGGUUGCCUGGAUACACAUAGAUAGACAGAUGAUCCUGACGAUACAUCGUCACGUGAUCACCCGCCUCGCUCGGUUUAGCGUGUCUCACGACAAUGCCAUGACCUGGCUCCUCCACGUCAGUCAAGUCCAGCAAGAGGACCGCGGAUAUUACAUGUGCCAAGUCAACACCAAUCCAAUGAUAAGCCAAGUUGGAUAUUUGCAAGUUGUUGUACCACCAAACAUCCUAGAUGAAGAAAGCACACAGUCAGCAGUAGCGGUCAGAGAGAACCAAAAUAUAAGUCUAGUUUGCAAAGCUGAUGGUUUUCCAACGCCUAAAAUUAUGUGGCGGAGAGAAGACGGCCAAUCCAUAACUGUCGACAGAAGAAAGAAAGUAUCAGUAUAUGAAGGGGACACGCUUAGUCUGCAACGCAUCAGCCGCACGGAAAUGGGGGCCUAUCUCUGCAUCGCGACCAACGCGGUCCCGCCUUCCGUGUCGAAGAGGAUCAUUGUGGACGUUGAGUUUUCCCCAAUGAUCUGGGUGCCGAACCAGCUAGUGGGAGCCCCAGCGGGAACUGACGUCACGGUGGAUUGCCACACUGAAGCGCAUCCCAGGGCCAUCUCCUACUGGGUGUACGAUAGUGUCAUGGUACUACCCACGAAGAAAUAUGCCAUUAACACUGAAGAAAAUUCAUACAGAGCACACAUGAAACUCACCGUGCGGAACCUACAGACUGGUGACUUUGGGAACUACAGAUGUAUUUCCAAAAACUCCCUCGGGGAAACUGAAGGCUCCAUUAGACUUUAUGAAAUACCAAUGCCCUCAACAUCACCGAAAGCAACAGAAAUGAAGAGCAAUGCCAAUAAAGAGACAACGCGUCGCGUGAACGCGAGCCGCGCGGUGCAGCGCGACGCGACGGAGCGGCCGAGCGUGGUGCGCGCGCAGCUCGACCGCGCGCCCGACCGCGCCCACGUCUACCGCGCGCCGCACCCGCACCACGCCUCAGGCUCGAGAAAUCUUCAGUGCUGGCGACAAUCGUUCUUAGCAAUCGUUGUCUUGGUUCACAUAGAUUUCCUAUCUGAACUCUUCAUUUGUUUUUAA